GAGACGAGGGAUUUCACAACCCAGCCCAGACAGGAUUAAAGAGAAAUACACAAGUAAACAAAUCGCAGCCUCGUAAGGCUGGACGUGCUGUGCGGGGAGCAGAGCCUCCGGGCCAGUGGUCAAACUGCCCCUGUCAGAGGAAAGGAGUUGCUUCCUGUUAUUUCCAUUGAAAUCCUUGUCCCGGUCGUUAGCCGGCAGGCUUUGGCAGGAUGGCACCGCGCGCGCACACAAGCUCCGGCCACCUCUCCCAAGGGCUCCUGCUGCUCUGGGUGCUCCUGGGGACUGGGCUCUGCCACACGGACGCCGAGACAAAGGGCUUUGGCCAGGAUGCCGGGACAAGCUCACCCAUGGCCAUGUCCAACGGGACAGCCCAGCCCAUGGAGGGAAAUUACUCCGACAUCACACAGAAGUGCUGGGAUUACUUCGUCUACCUGAUGAGGAAUGUGACAGCAUCGGAGUUGUGCGAGUGGAAAGUCAUCAGGAGGCCCUACAACGACCUGCAGUUGUGCCUGGAGCUCUGGGCCGACCGCCUGAACUACAGCUACCCCAACGCACUGGCGGAGCAGUACAUCUUUCAGAGCCACUACCGCUACUUCCACAACUGCACCCUGGAGUCCCCGGUGUACGUCGACCCGCCCGAGGACGUGCUGCUGGCCAUGAUCAUCGCCCCCAUCUGCCUCAUCCCCUUCCUCGUCACCCUGGUCAUCUGGCGCAGCAAGGACGGCAAGGCACAGGCCUAGCGCUGCCACCCCGUCCCGCGGCAGGGCACGGACCCCCGGCCACCCGAGCCGUCCCGUGGGCUCCCGGGGCCACCGCCCCGCGCUGCUGGGGCGGCCGGUUCCUGCCUUCCCCCGCGCCGCGGCCCGGGAUUAAACGCUUCUCCCCCCA